CACUACUGUACCGACAAGACGACGACAGUCUGUACGAGCCCCCGCGAUAUACUUUCACUAUCGUCGACAAACCGAUCGCACUCGUCGGCCAUAACGUCGCACCGUAACACGUCGCCGUCUUCCGUUCUCAUAACAUCAUAAUACAACGCAGUUAUUAUUCACCGUUGUAACGCCCACCUGUAGAGGUAUACAUUACUGUCGCGUAAAGAAGGAAAAAAAGCCAAAAGGAGAUUCCAGACGAAUUCUACGCUCCUUUUCGCGGUCUAAACGCCGUAUACCCGUAUAAUAUAUAUAUAUAUAUAUAUUAUAUAUCCAACGCGCGUAAUAUCGUCUCUCUUAGUGUUUAUUUAUUUGUAUUGUUGAUCAAUUCGCUUUUAUUUCUGUUAAAUCGUUCACAAUGAAUCGGCCGGCGCAUCCAUCCAUGUGUGCGGGACGAUUGGCUUAGAGACGACCGAUUUAAGUUAAGACGACCAACAUCGCAUUACGCACGGCAGCGUCGUAGUUGGCCGAACACUGCAGAGCACGACACGAUCAACUGCUAAAAAAGAAAAACAACACGUAAAUCCAUUAACAAGCCCUAUCACGCGUGCAGUUAGGAGGAUGGUGACUCAGUCGUACACAGCCACCGCCGAUCGUCCGAUGUCGCUGACACUUAUCAUCCGGACGUCUCUGUUGAUAACGACAAUCGCUACCUUUUCUCGGCCCGUCGAAGCCGUUCUUUCCGUGAACGCCACACCUGAAUACAUUCAUUCAUGUCGUAAGGCGGACGUUCAAUUCAAUAGUUGCAUAAAAGAAACGUUCAACCAUCUUCGUCCUUAUCUCAUUAAUGGAAUCGAAGAGCUUACCGUGCCACCGAUCGAACCAUUGGUUAUACCAAAAAUGCAAAUGGAAAACGGUCAUGGUGCAGUCAGAGUGAGGGCCAUACUCAGUAAUAUGACUAUACACGGCGCGAGCAACUAUACAGUUUUAAACGUCAGGAGUGAUAUGAAUAAGUACCGCAUAGACUUAGGACUUUUUAUACCGCACAUCGAAGCCACUGGAAACUACGACGUCAAUGGAAAUGUGUUACUGUUACCCGUUAGAAGUAGAGGAGAAUUUUGGGCGUCCUUCGAAAACGUAACGGCCUUAGCAAAAUUAUAUGGAGUUGAAGUGAAUAAAGAAGGAGUGAAAUUCAUGAAAACUGAAAGAUUAGGAAUUGGUUUCAAAUUGGAGAAAUCUGAUUUUAAAAUCAAAGAUUCCAUCAAUAUGCAAAACGUCAUAGGCGAAGCAAUGAACGUAUUUUUGAAUGAAAAUUCAGCAGAGAUUAUCGAAGAAAUGAAACCCGCCGCUUCGCAAGCCAUCGGCAAGCAUUUUAAAAAUUUCUUGAACAACGCGUUUUUACAAAUCCCACUUAAAGUGUGGCUAAAAGACUCUGAAUAAUUUUCAUGUCUAUUAUUUGUUUUGUAAUUUCCUUUACCUUUCCAAUACUAUAGUGAAUAGUUUUAUUUUUAAGCAUUAUAUUACGUAUAAUUUUAUUCUCAUAAUAUAAUAUAUACUUUUAUACUCGUAUAAUAUUUAUUUAAGUUACCACAUUCUAAACAAAUAUUAACAUAGAAUUUCUAUUAUGUAGACUAUUUACCAUUUAUAUUUGCCAUUUUGUAUAUAUAGGUAAAUUAUGCAUAAUAAUAUUAUAUAUUAUGUCGUCGUAUUUUUUGUACGGGUUAUUAUUUUAAGUUUUAACACUUUAGAAAAAGUGUUAUUGACAAUAUUACAUUAAUUAUAUAUUUAUAAUCUCCUAUUGAGUAUUAUUUUAGUUUUGAACUAAUUGUAUGUAUAUUAUAAGUAAACAUUUUUGAAAAUUAUAACGCGCUGCCGGGUAACAGUGCAAUACUGAAAUGGUAUGUUUAACAUUGCAUAUAAAUAAUUGUAUGUGCCAAAAGAAAAUAUAAUUCGUUAAAUUAUAAGGACGAAAUUUUUCUCAGGGAUUAUCACUGAUGAGACAUUUUAUAAAUAUAAUGUUUUUUUUUUAUUUUA